AUGCUCCGCGCAAGGCCAGAGGUACUGGAGCUCCUGGGAGUUCUGCUGACUCUACUCCUGGAUCCAACGGGUGGCCAGGACUCACUCUCACUGACCUGGGAAGUGCAGCGCUAUGACGGCUGGUUCAACAAUCUGAGGCACCACGAGCGUGGCGCUGCGGGCUCCCGACUGCAGCGCCUUGUACCGGCCAACUACGCGGAUGGCGUGUAUCAGGCUCUCGGGGAGCCGCUGCUGCCCAACCCGCGCCGACUCAGCAACGCCACCACGCGGGGAAGCGCCGGGAGGCCGUCCGGCCGCAAUCGCACGGUCCUGGGGGUCUUCUUCGGCUACCACGUGCUGUCAGACCUGGUGAGCGUGGAAAAGUCUGGCUGCCCAGCCGAGUUCCUCAACAUCCACAUCCCGCCCGGAGACCCGGUGUUCGACCGCGACCGGAGCGGGGACGUGGUCCUGCCCUUCCAGAGGAGUCGCUGGGACCCCGAGACCGGACAGAGCCCCAGCAACCCCCGGGACCUGACCAACGAGGCGACCGGCUGGCUGGACGGCAGCGCCAUCUACGGCUCUUCGCACUCCUGGAGCGACGAGCUGCGGAGCUUCUCCGGGGGGCAGCUGGCGUCGGGGCCCGACCCCGCCUUCCCGCGGGCCGCGCAGGCCCCGCUGCUCAUGUGGACACCGCCGGAUCCCACCACGGGCCGCCGCGGGCCGCGGGGGCUGUACGCCUUCGGGGCCGAGCGAGGGAACCGCGAGCCCUUCCUGCAGGCGCUGGGUCUGCUCUGGUUCCGCUAUCACAACCUGUGGGCGCAGAGGCUGGCCCGCCGGCAUCCGCUCUGGGGGGACGAGGAGCUGUUUCAGCACGCGCGCAAGAGGGUCAUCGCCACCUACCAGAACAUCGCCAUGUAUGAGUGGCUGCCCAGCUUCCUGCGGAAAAUGCCCCCGGAAUAUGCAGGAUACCGCCCUUUCCUUGACCCCAGCAUCUCCCCGGAGUUCCUGGCUGCCUCUGAGCAGUUCUUCUCCACCAUGGUGCCCCCUGGCGUCUACAUGAGAAAUGCCAGCUGUCAUUUCCAGAUGGUCCUGAACGAGGGUUUUGGCAGCUCCCCAGCUCUCAGAGUCUGCAACAGUUACUGGAUUCGGGAGAAUCCCAAUCUGAACAGCGCUCAGGCAGUGAAUCAGCUGCUGCUGGGAAUGGCCUCCCAGAUCUCAGAGCUGGAGGACAGUACCGUGGUGGAAGAUCUGAGGGAUUACUGGCCUGGUCCUGGCAAGUUCUCUCGCACUGACUACGUGGCCAGCAGCAUCCAACGUGGCCGAGAUAUGGGGCUGCCCAGCUAUACCCAAGCUCUGCAGGCCUUGGGGCUGAAGACCCCGAGGAACUGGAGUGACCUCAACCCCAAGGUGGACCCUCAGGUGCUGGAGGCCACGGCAGCCCUGUACAACCAGGAUCUGUCCCGGCUGGAGUUACUCCCAGGGGGGCUUCUGGAGAGCCACGGGAACCCUGGACCCCUCUUCAGCACCAUCGUCCUUGAUCAGUUUGUGCGACUGCGGGAUGGCGACCGCUACUGGUUUGAGAACAGCAGGAAUGGGCUCUUCUCUCCAGAGGAAAUUGCAGAAAUUAGAAGCACCACUCUUCGGGAUGUGCUGGUGGCUGUCACCAAUGUGGACCCUGACACCCUGCAGCCCAAUGUCUUUAUCUGGCAGAACGGUGCACCCUGCCCUCAGCCCCGACAGCUCACAAUCGAAGACCUGCCCCCCUGUGUGCCCCUGACCGAGAUUCAUUACUUCGAGGGCAGUGGCCCUGGUUUUGGCAUCACCAUCGUGGCUUUGUGCUGUCUUCCACUAGUGAGCCUGCUUAUCUCCGGGGUGGUGGCCUAUUUCCGGGGCCGAGAGCACAAGAAGCUCCAAAGGAAAUGCAAAGAGAGUGUGAAGAAGGAACCAGCCAGUGAUGGAGUAUCAGCGAUGGAGUGGCCGGGCCCCCGGGAGAGGGGCUAUCCAGUCACCAUCCAGCUGCUCCCAGACCGGCGGCUGCAGGUUGUGGACCGGCGGCUCUCUGUGCUCCGCACCAUCCAGCUGCAGCCCCCACAACAGGUCAACCUCAUCCUGUCCAGCAACCGUGGAUGCCGCGCCCUGCUGCUCAAGAUCCCCAAGGAGUAUGAUCUGGUGCUGCUGUUUAACUCCCAGGAGGAGCGGGGUGCCUUCGUGCAGCAUCUGCGGGGCUUCUGUGAGAACUGGGCUCUGGGCCUAGACGUGGCUGAGAUGAGCGAGUAUGAGCUGUUCAGGAAAGCUGUGACCAAAGAGCAGCGGGAACGCAUCCUGGAGGUUUUCUUCAGACACCUUUUUGCCCAGGUGCUGGACAUCAACCAGGUGGAUGCAGGGACCCUGCUCCUGGACUCAUCGCAGAAGGUACGGGAGGCCCUGACGUGUGAGCUGAGCCGGGCCGAGUUCGCCGAGUCCCUGGGCCUCAAGCCCCAGGACAUGUUUGUGGAGUCCAUGUUUUCUCUGGCUGACAAGGAUGGCAAUGGGUACCUGUCCUUCCGGGAGUUCCUAGACGUCCUGGUGGUCUUCAUGAAAGGCUCCCCGGAGGACAAGUCCCGCCUGAUGUUCACCAUGUAUGACCUUGAUGGCAAUGGCUUCCUCUCCAAGGACGAGUUCUUCACCAUGAUGCGGUCCUUCAUCGAGAUCUCCAACAACUGCCUGACCAAGGCCCAGCUGGCUGAGGUGGUGGAGUCCAUGUUCCGGGAGUCAGGCUUCCAGGACAAGCAGGAGCUGACGUGGGAGGACUUCCACUUCAUGCUGCGGGACCAUGACAGCGAGCUCCGCCGAACACAGCUCUGUGUCAGAGGUGGAGGAGGAGGUGUUGGAGACAUUUUUAAACCAAACAUCAGCUCUCGAGUGUCAUUCAUCACUCGGACUUCUGGGGAACGUUCUUGCCCUCAGGGAGUGGGGUUCCCUGCCUCGAAAGCUCCAGAGUUGGGAGGCCCUGAGCUGAAGAAGAGGUUUGGCAAAAAGGCAGGGGUGGCCCCUCCCCGGCUGUACACGGAGGCGCUGCAGGAGAAGAUGCAGCGGGGCUUCCUGGCUCAGAAGCUGCAGCAGUACAAGCGCUUCGUGGAGAACUACCGGCGGCACAUCGUGUGCGUGGCUGUCUUCUCGGCCAUCUGUGCCGGACUGUUUGUGGAGCGUGCUUACUACUACACCUUUGCCUCACCACCCUCGGGCAUUGCACAGACCACCUUUGUGGGCAUCAUCCUGUCGCGGGGCACAGCGGCCAGUGUCUCCUUCAUGUUCUCCUACAUCCUGCUCACCAUGUGCCGCAACCUCAUCACCUUCCUGAGAGAGACCUUCCUCAACCGCUACGUGCCCUUCGACGCCGCUGUGGACUUCCAUCGCUGGAUUGCCAUGGCCGCGGUGGUCCUGGCCAUUUUGCACAGUGCUGGCCACGUGGUGAAUGUCUACAUCUUCUCAGUCAGCCCCCUCAGUCUGCUGGCCUGCAUCUUUCCCAGCGUCUUUGUGAAUGAUGGGUCCAAGCUUCCCCAGAAGUUCUACUGGUGGUUCUUCCAGACAGUCCCAGGUAUGACAGGGGUGCUCCUGCUCCUGGUUCUUGCCAUCAUGUACGUCUUUGCUUCCCACCACUUCCGACGCCGCAGCUUCCGGGGCUUCUGGUUGACCCACCACCUCUACAUCCUGCUCUACGUGCUGCUCAUCAUCCACGGCAGCUUUGCCUUGAUCCAGCUGCCCCGUUUCCACAUCUACUUCCUGGUCCCAGCACUUAUCUACAUGGGGGACAAGCUGGUGAGCCUGAGCCGGAAGAAGGUGGAGAUCGGCGUGGUGAAGGCGCAGCUGCUGCCUUCAGGAGUGACUCACCUGGAGUUCCAGCGGCCCCAAGGCUUUGAGUACAAGUCAGGACAGUGGGUGCGGAUUGCCUGCCUGGCUCUGGGGACCAACGAGUACCACCCUUUCACGCUGACAUCAGCGCCCCAUGAGGAGACGCUUAGCCUGCACAUCCGGGCAGUGGGGCCAUGGACCACCCGCCUCAGGGAGAUCUACUCACUUCCAACGGUUGACAGCAGUGCCAAAUAUCCAAAGCUGUACCUCGAUGGGCCAUUUGGAGAGGGCCACCAGGAGUGGCAUAAGUUUGAGGUGUCAGUGCUAGUGGGAGGGGGCAUUGGGGUCACCCCCUUUGCCUCCAUCCUCAAAGACCUGGUCUUCAAGUCAUCCUUGGGGAGCCAAAUGCUCUGUAAAAAGAUCUACUUCAUCUGGGUGACGCGGACCCAGCGGCAGUUUGAAUGGCUGGCUGACAUUAUCCGGGAGGUGGAGGAGAAUGACUGCCAGGACCUGGUGUCCGUACACAUCUACAUCACCCAGCUGGCUGAGAAGUUCGACCUCAGGACCACCAUGCUGUACAUCUGUGAGCGGCACUUCCAGAAGGUGCUGAACCGGAGUCUGUUCACGGGCUUGCGCUCCAUCACCCACUUUGGCCGCCCCCCCUUUGAACGCUUCUUCAGUUCUCUGCAGGAGGUCCACCCAAAGGUGCGGAAGAUCGGGGUGUUCAGCUGCGGCCCUCCAGGAAUGACCAAGAAUGUAGAGAAGGCCUGUCAGCUCAUCAACCAGCAGGACCAGGCCCACUUCGUGCACCACUAUGAGAACUUCUGA